AAUCAGACCUAUGAUAACUCGGUCUAUCGACUUGAUCUUCUUACUUGGUCUUGGAGUCUGAUCCGUGCCUAUCCCCAGUCAGCAUUAUUGAACCCUUCUCUUUUGAGGCCGCCAUUUCCUUCUCCCUCCUAUGUUUCUCCACCCACCAGCCGGCGACGCAUACCGGAAAAUAUUCCUUGUCUUCACUCUUCUCUUUUUGCCGCUGCUAACGGUUACAACUAUUGUGAUAUACGUGAGGAAUUUCAACCUGUCCACAGCGAAGCUGGCGAAAAUGUGGGACCGUCUGGUGAUGCAUCGCUAGCACAGCCGUUAAAUCUCCAAGCCUCAAUUGCAGUUCAGGCUAGGGAUAGUCAAAUGCUCGGGGCACCAACACAAGCAGAAUCUGAUUUUGCUGGAGACUUGAAUUUUGCAGCCGCAGCCAAUAGUGAAAGUGAUCCCAACAACGCCGGGGAUGUCAGUGACCAUGACGCUGGCUGGCAGGAAGAUGUUGCUGAACUUAAUCGCUUACUUGACAACUAUCCGGGCACUAGCCCUCUGCCCCGUGAUUUCCCCAGUCUUCUUGCACAUCAUGGUCGACUCUUUGUGUUCGGUGGUCGCUACGACCCUCAGAUCCGUCACGACAACCUCUAUGACUCGGCACUUUGGGAGCUUGUGCCAAUUGUCGCUGCACCAGAUCCUCGGUCUAUUCCAACUAAAGUCUUGCCUCAGAUGGUAGCAGAUAUUGCUUCUGCCCCUGCUAGACAUGAAUUCGCAUCAUCACCAAAUGGAGAUGCUAAGGGUAAUUCAAAUAGUUCUGUGAAACCAGGUUAG